AUGUCAAGGCGGAUUGCGUCUCAGGUGCACAAGCAGGCCUCUCGUCUCCUCCGCGAGGGCUACCUCAAGAAGGAGCCUGCUUGGUUCCAGGCCGUGCUCGAGCACCCCCCUCUUCCUCUCCCUCCAAAAGCACCACCUGCCAGAUCUGCCUUUGACCUACCUGUAGCUCGCAUAUCCGCUCACUCGCCAGCACCUCCGAAGAAUCAUCCUGCACCCGUACUCUAUGUCGAGGAUUCGAUACGGAGACAAUUCUUCCGUGACCACCCCUUCGAGGCCUUCCGCGCGACAACUCUGCUCGAGGGUCCUGCUAUCAAGGACGAGCAUCCAAUACGAGGGACGGAGUGGACAAGGCUGAGACAGCGGGGGAGAAAUCCUAGCCCAGAAGAUGCCGUCCGCUACGCUGCAAACCUGCACAUCCACCAUAAAGUGCCCUUGACGCGCGCGUACGCAUCUGCCGUCGCACAGUUCCGCGCACUUCGCACCGAGCAACACCUCGCUCGCAAGUUCGCGCUCAUGGAGGCGAACUUCUACGGCAUCAAGUUUGGUCCAUCGCAAGUAGAGAUUACAUUCAAUAAGGAGCAGAAGGCACUCGACUCCUGGGCGAAGAGCAUCGAGUUGCAUUCGGGCGAGAAUGCAGCCAAGAAACGCUGGAAGGCGAUCGUGGAGAAGGAGGGCCCGCCAGGCACAUGGACGCGGGGUCAGGAGUAUAUACGACUGUGGCAAGAGGACGUGCGCCCGACAUACGCUCCUUUCUUGGCAGAGCCCACCAUCACGUCAAGCGGUCUUGAAGGCGCCAUCAUGGAACUGCCCAAACCUAACACGAGGCGUAAAAAGUCGCUGCUCCCACAGGUGGAGGUUGACGCGAGAUUGGCGGACUUCAUGCACAUCCGAAGAUUGGUCUGA